AUGGCGUACUCAUCAGAUUCUGACUACAAACCGUCGUCUUCUAGGACCAAGCUCUUCGGCCAGCAAAGGCCUCUCCACGCGCUUCUGGGCGGUGGCCGCUGUCUGUUUUUUCAUCACUGUCUUUUUCUUCUCCUUCUUCUUGUUCGUGAGCUUGCUCUUGCUCCUCUUCUAAAGGACGUUCGUUUGUCUGCCAUGACCAGUCGCUGACGUGGUGCUUUGGAGGAACAAACGGCUAUCGGGUGCGAUCCUCGUCGGAGUGACCGUAGUCUGGCUGCUCUUCGAGGUCGUGGAGUACAACCUCCUCUCUCUACUCUCCCACCUCUCCAUCGCCGCCAUGCUCGUCGUCUUCAUCUGGUGCAACGGCGCCGCCCUCGUCGGCUGGUAUCAUCCCCUUCCCUCUUCUCCUCUCCAUCCACUUCAUCGGUCUCCGUUUACCAAUCUUCUUUGCAGGGAGCCGCCGGAGAUUCCCCGGGAGAUCUUGUCGAGGAAUGGCAUCAAAGAGGCAGCCGAAAUCUUCCACUCCAAGCUCAGCCGGCUCCUCUCCUUCCUUCACCGCAUCGCGCGCGGGGAAGAUCUAAAGACGUUCCUCCUGGUGAGAGUGGCUGGCUCGGAUUCCUUUCUACGUUUUUACCUUCUUUUUUUUUGAGAAAAAAAUGCAGUAAUGGAUACUAUGAUUAAAAAAAUAAUCACUAAAAUACACUCUUUAAACUUUUUAUAACCUUUUGAAUGAUGUUAUUGGCCCUCCCAUUAGUUAAUUCUGGUAGUUUGCAGGGAUCUACAUAAAAGAUCAGUUAACACAAAGGCAUUGAUAAUUUCAAGACUUUGUGGGCGUUCAAAACAAAAAGGCUUUCAUUUUAUCUGGGUGAAUGGUGUUAGUUUUCAUUAAAAAUGACUACUUAAAUAGUUAUUUAUGACUCCUCUCUCUCUCUAACCACACUCUUUCAUUCUUCUCUCUCUCCCUCUCUCCCCCUCUACUUCCCUCAAAACUCUACCAAAUGGGUAGUGUCUUCUUUUCGUGGUAUUCACGUAUUAAUCUUCCUAGAAAUAUAUCUUCGGUGAAUUUUCCUCCAAGUAAUCUCCAUAACCCAAAACAUGACUAAUUCCCAUAUUAUUGCUUCAUACCAUUAUAAAGUUCAUUUUUCCCAAGAAACCUUGAAUUAUUCUCAAGUGAUUUGAUGCUAUCAUCUCUUGCUAAUGUUUGAUCGUCCUUCACAUGCGCCAAACGGGGAUUAGACCAUAGUGGCCCUCUGGUUUAUCGCCGCCGUUGGAAGCUGCUGCAGCACCCUCAACCUCCUCUACUUGGGUAAUUAAUGAAUAACCUCAGCUCAUAAACUUCCUCUAGAAUUCCUUCCUCGAAUCGAUAUCUAAUUACUUCAUAUUAGGGUUUUUGGGCGUCUCCACGCUGCCUUUCCUGUUUGAGAAGUACGAAGAUGAGAUUGACCACCUGGUUAACAAGGGAGGCAGCGACUUUAGGAAGGUGUACAGGAAGGUCGACUCGGAGAUACUCAGCAGGAUCCCCAGAGGUCCGGGCGCCCCUGCAAACGAGAAGAAGCUGAGCUAG